AUGGCACCUAUCGUCAAAACUCUACCGUCUUACAUUAAGGACAGCCAACACGCACUUGAAAUUUUUCGUGACUUUAGUUUCCUCGAUCAAAACAAACUUAUUUUCACCAUGGAUAUAACAUCUCUUUACACUGUCAUUCCCAAUGACGAAGGUCUCCGGGCCCUCAAACAUUUUUUUGAUCUACGUACUGUUAAAGAACCUAGCUCUGAAACACUGCUCCGUCUGGCCGAACUAGUACUCACACUCAAUUGUUUUUCAUUCGGUGGUAACUACUACAAACAAACUAAUGGCGUGGCCAUGGGUACUAAAAUGGGACCCAGCUACGCCAAUCUUUUUGUAGGUUUUAUCGAACACCAAUUUUUAGCCAAUACCACGGCCCAAAACCUCAACUCUACGGCCGCUACACUGACGAUUGCAUCGGCGCUACCUCCUCUACCAAGGAGGAGCUCACUCAAUUUAUAA